AUGAAUACCGGAAGCUCUAGCCAGAACCCACACCACGGCAUGGAAAUAAACCAAGUGGCCCUCAGGGAAGGACUGGAAUCAGAAGAAAGUGAUGCCCGACAUUCAGCACAUGGCAGCACAGGGAGUAGGAGGUCCAGGACCGGUUCCAGAAGGAUGAACCUGAUACAGGAAUCUGUGUUACGACAAGAGGUCACAACACAAAGAAGCCAGGAUACUCUAAACAAUAUGACAGCCAUGAUGCAAUGGCAGGUCAACAGGCAAUUCAGGAAGGAUCGAGAGGCUGCCAUGGCCAGAAUUCCCAAUCCCGAUGAGGUGGUUCAGCAACUAGACCUUCCCUAUGGUCCCCCACCAGGGUUGGCGUGGCCAUAUCAAGAGAAUCCUCUUGUUGCACAGAUAGCUGGGAUACCAGAACGGGGAGGAAUCCAGGCUGGACACCGGGAAGUGGCUUUCCCUAUCCAAGAACGUCUGGCCCCAAUACAGCCAGAAGGUCCUGCGCCAGGACAAGUUCCACAGAAUCAGCAAGAGCCUCAGCCUGCUCCACCACAAGAUCACCCUAUGGAAGUUCUGCCUGAACAGCCAGCAGUGGUACCCUACAGGCCCAGAAGGAUGGACCCCAAUCCAUUCCCUCCACCUGCAAGAGGAAGGAGAUGCAGAGGGGGAAAUUACCCUUAUGCUAAUAACGACAGGAACAGGCAGGGAGCAAACUGGAGGAACCACCCAGGCCUGGAGGAACCGGAGGAGCACAGGGAAGAAGUUCUGCCUAGACCAUAUAGGGCAGAACCACGAGUCAAUCAUGCCCAGCCAGAACAGGGACAAAACCUUCCCCCCGUUAAUGCUCUAAAUGACGUGGGGGCAUUGCAGAGGAUGAUCAGGGAAAUGAUGGAGCCUGAGGCCAGGAGGGGGGAAAGGCCCACCUAUAGGAAACCAUAUCCACCUUACAUUGACCAGAUACCCUUGUCCCCAGGCUUUAAAGUACCAAACUUCACUUUAUUCAACGGAGAGGAUCCUCAUGCUUCAUCAGUUGAGCACGUAGGCAGAUUUUCUACCCAAUGCAUAGCCAUAGAGAAUAACCCACUGUUAAAGCUAAGGCUUUUUGGGAAUUCUCUCUCUGGACAAGCUUUCACUUGGUACACCAAUCUGCCAGCAAAUUCUAUUCAGACAUGGGAGCAAAUGGAGAGCGUCUUCCAUGACUACUAUUACAGGAUCCAGCCAGAAGUCACCAUCAGUGACCUUGCAGCUCUCAAACAGAGUGAGGACGAACCUGCCCAAGACUUUAUAAACAGGUUCAGGAAGCUCAAAAUGAAGUGCCGAAUCCCCAUCGAAGAAAGACACUUCAUCCAAAUGGCUCAGGCUGCCCUCAAAAUCUCUCUGAGGAAAAGAUUUGAUGGGAUGCUGUUUGGAGACCUGGCAGAACUGGCAGAUAAAGCGGCCAAGUACGAGGAAUUGCUCCGGGAGGAACAGCAGAAGAGAAACUCUUCCAAAGGCACGUAUUAUAAAUCUCCUUCUUCCUCAAUACAUAUGAUUGAAGUAGAGUCAGAAGAAGAUGCGGAGGAAUCGGAGGAGAGAGAGGUUGCAGUUGCGGAAAUGGCGAAAUUAAAGCACCCCAUCAGUUGUAAGACUCUUACAAAACCCCCAAGGGAUCAGAAGCCGCCACCAUUCACAGGAGGGUUUGUUCCAAACAAACCCAUGCAGAACAAAGUGUAUUCCUUCGAUCUGACCAAAGUAGAUGCCUUGUUUGAUGAAAUGUUGUUACAAAAAGCAAUAGAGACACCUCACAGAAUGCCCAAGCCAGAAGAACUCAAGGGCAGACAGUAUUGCAGAUGGCACAAUUCUUGGAAUCAUUCUACCAAUAGUUGUGUUGUUUUCAGAGAUGUCAUACAGGAAGGGAUAACAGCAGGAAGGCUGAAGCUAGCAGAGAAACCUCCAUCUGUCACCACAGAUCCUUUUCCCCAGCCACAAGUUAACAUGGUCAAUCUAAAUUGGCCAGAACGGAAGAAGGAUAGACCAGCCAUGCAGACUGGCUCUAGUAGAAGCAGAAUAGUUUCAAAGGAGACUAUGGAAAGACCAAAAGCAACCAUUUCAGCUGGAAUAGUGCUCUGCAGCAGGUGCAAUUGUGAGGUUGAGUUGGAAGUGGUCCCCGAAAAACAGGAGCUGCCCAUUCCAAGUGUUUUUGACCGGAUCGGAACCAUGCCCCAUGAUAGGACCAGACAGAGAAACUACCCUAGGCCUGUCCAAUCCAACAGAAGAGUGACUAAGCAGCCCAAGGAGGAAAUAUCAAUAAAAGUGCCCGGAAGUAACAAACCUUUGGCGGCCAUCAUUGAAGGCAGGUGGUACUCUAUCGGGAAGAAUGGCAGACCAACAAUGGAGCUAACAAGAACCCAAAGGAGGAGGGUUCAGAGACAGUACUGCACAUUCCUCAAUAACGAGAAAAACGCACAGGUGCCUCCAAAGGCCAAUUCUGCCAGAAAAGGGAAAGAACCAGAAAUACUUCCCCAGACAGAACAAGCAAUCUCUCAACUACAGAAGUUGACAAGAGCAGAAUCCUCAGAGAAAUCUUCUGUCCAUCCUGCCCCCGCCUCAGGAGGUCUACUUGAAACUCCCCAACUAGAGGAAAGAACCAAACCUGUUCCAGGAGAAGGACAAGAAGAUUGGGUUGAGGAAGAUGAAGAGGAGCAGCUGGAUUAUGAGCCAUCUACAGAUGACUAG